AUGUCCACAACGCGCGAGAACCCCGACCCGGUGUCUCCGAACGACGAACCGAUCGAAGAGGACAUUGUUUCCCCAUGUGCCGAUAUGACCAGGGAACAACUUGUCCAGGAUUCUCCGAUGAAGAUCGACCCGACACGCAUCAGUCCCAAAUGGUGGGGUGUCAAGGUCACUGCAACGUCCAAGGAAUUGCAUCUCAACACCUACAUGGUGGAACAGAUCAAGGACCUAUGCAUCUUGGGCCUGUAUGACGCCGAACUGCUUUACGUGUUCCAGAAGCAGUUCGAAGGAUGGACUGAACAGAUGUUCAAACGUGUCCAUCACACAUAUCUUCGCGCGAUGAAGAAGGGCAACGAAUUGGGGGGGUAUCGGCCUAGUGAUAGGUCCGGUGUUAAUGCCACCCUCCCGAAGAACCUUCUUCAUCGCGCGAAGAUAUGUGUGAUGGACACGUUUGAACAUCUGUUCAGUCCAUCCUUCGAACUGCUCCUGGAACACGUAAAGCAGUUCGGCGUCACAAGAUGCAGAGACCUUUGA